UGUUAAGUGUGGAAAAAAAGCAACAAGAAAAGCAACACAUCGUUAUGUGCAUGGCCAAACGAGCCACAGCACGGCGAAAUACCAAAACAAAGAGAUAUAUUGACAGGAUAUAAUACAGGUGGAAGCGACUGAGCGGGUUUUAAUCGGCGCACAAGCAGGAUAAGCGACGCAUGGCUCUCCAUAUGGACAUUGCUGUGGCUUGAGAGGAGGACAUAAUGUUUACAUGACGGGCCGUCUCGAGACAGAGCGGUGACAGUUUGAACGUAUCGCUGAGUCGGGUUGCAUUGAACGGCACAGACAUUCCCGAAGAUGCUGAAAAGAUUGGCCGAACCGGCGUCAUGCAGCAGCUGUCUCCUCGCCUUCAUCCUCGUCUUCGUCUCGCCCAGGUGUACGCUGUCUGUCGCUGCCGACAAAAAUAUGGUCAACAAAGAGGAUUAUUAUAGCGCCACGGUGAACGCCACAGUUUUGGACCAAAAAGGCAAUCCUCAACAGAUGGUCACGAAGAAUGACGGGCGAUAUGGGCAGAAUUCUCCCAAAACAGAGGCGAAGGGCAUCGUGAUUGCACCUGCUGCUGUUAAUGGAGCUGUGGAUAUUCAAGGCUGUCAAAACACCCGAUUUGUCGUGCCUCCAAAGACCACACACUGGGUGGCCAUAAUGCAGAGAGGGAAAUGCACCUUCAAGGAGAAGAUCCUUAAGGCAGCUGCUUUCAAUGCCUCAGCUGUCGUUAUCUACAAUAACAACACCAAAGAAGACACAGUCACCAUGGCUCAUGAAGGCACUGGUGACAUAGUGGCGGUGAUGAUCACAGAGACCUUUGGAAAGGAAAUUCUGGGCUUCCUGGAGAAGAACCAGACUGUGUUAGUGUCAGUGAUGGUGGGGUCACGAGGGCCACCCAAGAACAUCAAUCGCGGCUCCUUGGUGUUCGUCUCCAUCUCCUUCAUUGUGCUGAUGAUUAUAUCCUCUGCUUGGCUCGUCUUUUACUUCAUUCAGAAGAUCAGAGACACCAGCGCACGGGACCGCAGUCAGCGACGACUGGGUGAUGCUGCCAAGAAGGCCAUUAGCAAGCUGACUACCAGGACAGUAAAGCGAGGGGACAAGGAAACUGAGCCAGAUUUUAAUCAUUGUGCGGUGUGCAUUGAAGGUUACCAACUAAAUGAUGUUGUCCGCAUCCUACCUUGCAAGCAUGUCUUCCAUAAAAUGUGUGUGGACCCGUGGCUAAAUGAGCACUGCACCUGUCCAAUGUGUAAACUUAACAUCCUCAAAGCUCUGGGAGUUAUGCCCAACCUGCCCUGCGUGGACAACAUGGCUUUUGACAUGGACCGGAUGUCCCGCAGUCAGACCUCCAGCCAGAGGACGGCUCUGAUGGACCUGUCCUCAGAGACCAGCAUUAGUCUGGAGCCACUACACCACUCCAGUUCCUCCCAACUCCCCUCCGAUGAAGAGCUCAUCCCUCGCUCCGGAGAAAUCAACAUCGCUGUCACCAAAGAGUGGUUUAUUGUUGCCAGCUUCAGCGUCCUCUCUGCUCUCACACUUUGUUACAUGAUCAUCAGAGCCACUUCCAGCACCAGCAGCUAUAAUGUGAUGUUGGAAUGAAGAUGCUUUCGGGAGUCCUAAUUUUCUUUUUAGACAUGGAUUGGUAGUGUUAGUUGAGCUCAUUUUCCUCAAUUGUUGUAUUUAAUCGGCUCAUUUUUUGUUUAUUUGUAUUUUUUAGAUGCAAAUUGUUUCUUUAACCUAAAUAUUAAAUGUCUUUUUAUUUUGUCUAAGUUGUCAAAUCCAUUGUUUUGUUUCUUAUUGUAAUGUGAAUUACAUUUUGUGUGUGUGUGUGUGUGCGCACGCAAGCUAAAUUAUUAUAUGCAAACCUGUGUUAUGCUGAAUUGGAAGUUUUGCUUUACAGUGCCAUAUAUUCUGCUUUUCAUGUUUGUUUCAACAGUGCCUUGGGUAUGUCGAGGGCACUAAAAUGUCACUUUUUGUGUGAUCCUAACAUUUAAUGCAUGGGUCUGGAAUAGAAUCACUAUAGGUCAAAUAUGAGUGCUGUGUUUGGUCAUUGAGACUUACUUUGCUGCAUUGUGUAAUAACAUAUAUACUCAAAAACAGGAGCCUAGAAAUUUAUAAUAAGAUUAAAAUAUCCAACAUAUACUAUAAGACAACAGUUCUGACAAACAGUGUUUUAAGUAAACCACAAAACUUUUGUGUUGUUUUCUGGUUCAAUUAAAUAUACUCUUUUGCACUUUCUGGAGGGUUAGUUGAUUCUUGUUUAUUUUUCUUUCUUUUUUUAUGAUAAUAAAAUGUUUGCAUCCUCUCUAAUAAUACACAGAUAAACUCAGACCAGCCCAGAUUUUUAAGUUAGAACAACUAAGAUAUAAUAAAAAGUAUAAUAAAUAUAAAAUAUAUAUACAUAUAUGCCCAUACAAUAACAACAAAACACUUAUUAAUGGGUCACAAUCAGCAACUCCCUCUUUCAUCACCGUUGAGCUCUCACCACAUUUAUAAAAGAUGCAUUCAAGGUGGGCAUGAUCAGCACACGUCAUCAAAGAUUCUCACAAUUGCUCAUAACGGAAUGCAUAAAUAAAUGAUACACUGUUUUGUAAGCUAUAUAUGUAAUUUAAUAUGUAAAUAAAUGCCAAGCCAUGUACUCGUAAAUUAAGUCAUUUUUAGAGACUGGUGUUGGACCACCUGAGGGACAUCACUAGACCUUUUCUAGAUCCUUUUCAAUUGGCUUUGUUAAAUUCACAGAAUAAUAAUAAGUGUGUCAGGACAGCUAUGGUGACUGGAAGUAAACUGAUCAACCACCUUAUCCAAGAAACUCAUCAAAAAUCAUUAAGCAACCAUCCUACAGGAUGAUGGAAUAGAUCAUUCAAUCAUUCAAAUACAAAAAUGUAAUUGAAAACAGCUAAUGAAUGGUUGCUUUUAGUGUUACAUAAUAACAUCUGUCAGAAGAAGAGUUUUUAUUCUUGUCUAAAACCUGUAUAUUAUUAUUAAUAUAUUUGUUUUUAUUCAAUGUGUAUUCUAAGCAAACGUAGGUAGUACACAUUUAACAUACUAUAUUUUUGAGGAGAAUGUGUAAGUUACUUACUGUGUUGACUACACAGAAUCUCUUAUAAAACCUUAUUUUUCGUGUACAUUUGACUAUGGCAAAGUAGCGAUUCACCUGUAGUAGACAGUAUGUCAGGAAGAAGCGAGUUCCAAGUUGUGCAUGCGCACAAGAACAUAGAACACUGUAGCCAUCCUGUUGGCAGCUGUUGCUUAAAGUCCCUAAUAUUGAGAAUACCUGUGACGUAGAGGUGCUGAAAUUCAAUGGAAAGCUAAACCCUGUACAUUCUGACCUGUGAUGUUGACUCAAUGUCAAUUUCAAAACCGGAAAUCAAAAAAUCACUAAAUUAACCCUUUUCUUCUUGAAAUUAAAAAUAACAAAUGUUAACAUUCUCUUCCCUUGUGUGCAAGACAUAUACCUGUUAAAAAAUAUGUAUUAGUGUUUCAUGACCCUUUAAAUUAAGUCAUUACACUUUUAAUUUAAUUUUAGAGAGUUUUUACAAGCAAUUUAAUUUCUUUCAUUCUUUCAUUAAGUGAGUUUCAUUCAGCCAACAUAAUUUAGUUUGAUUUGGUCAAAUCGAUGUACUAUAGUAAUUUUAACUCAACUUUAUUGGGUUAAUCAAACUAACUUUAUUAAAAUAUUAUUUAAUUAAUAUUCUUAUGUUGGUCCAACUUUAUUUUAUUAAUCAUUAGUAUAUGCCAGGUGAGCAAGUGUAAGGACUGUUAAUCUGUGUCACUGCAAUUUGAUAGCAGCUGCUAGAAGAGUUAAGCAGCACUCAAAUUAAUAAUCACUUGAACGUGAAAGUCCAUCCACAACCGAAGCAUAAGCCCGCACCCCAAGCGUAACAAGCAAAAAAACACACACUCUUUUUAAAUACUAAUAUAAAAGAACAUUCAACAUGAACAAAUCUCCUCCUGUUCCCAUCUUGUUCAAAAGGGCAAAGCAUUCCCAGUUUCAUCAAUGCUAAAAAAUCAUUAAUUUAUUCCAAACUCAAAUGGAAUAAAUAUAAACUUAUAUUUUACAAAUUUAAUUGUAUAGAACGCAGUGCAAUCAAGUUGGCUUUUUCUAUAAUUGUGUUGCUUUAUUACAUUUUAAGUAAACUGAACAUCCUGCAAAAAUCCUUUUUGAGUGAAUUUAACAUGCUGUAUAUUCCCAAGACAAGAAGCAAGCACACACACACACUUUCAUCAAGAACAGAUUUCCACCGAGAAGCCACUUGAUGUUGAUUAAUUGGACAUAAUAAGUCUUGAUUACAGGGUAAAGGACAUAAUUAGAUUUUGAGCUGAGAUGAAAUGUCAAACCUGCAUAGAGAAUUUAAAAACGUCUUUUAGCUUUUAGGCUACUGCAGCAGGAACCUUUUAAAAAUGUAGUGUAUCUUUCUGUUUUUACUUCUUUCUCAUUCUUUUCCACAUGUUCUAAAUAUCACUGUGCAUAUUAAAUAAACUGUGAGAAUUAUUAAACCUAUACAAAUUGAUUUUUUUAUGUAAAAUUUUAACCCAGUAUUUAU